AGCUGUUUUAAAUUAUAAUAAUUUAGCUCCAACAAUAUGGACUUUCAUACAGAAGACUUUAACCUACUCGGACUUCAUGACGAGAGACCCCAACUAGGUGAACUUUGAAUCAAACUCAUCACUAACCGUCUUGAUUGAGAAGAAGAUGAGAUUUCUAAACAAGAUCUGAUAGAGGAUAAAAGCUUUGAUGAAGACCUAGCAGAAAGCAUUUCUGAUUGAUACAAAUCUAUUCGUGAUCCUUCAGUUGCUUCUACCAAUGGAGAAAAGAAAGGGAUCUCAGACUUAGACAAUGACUUGUAUAAGAAGAUCAAGAAGAACCUCUUUAGAUGUAAUCACCAAGUAGAGUGAAGAAAGUUGUUCUAUGAUAUCCCUUCUUUAAAGAAACAUUUACUUACACAUGGAGAAAGACAGUUCAUCUGAAGAGUCAAGGGAUGUGGAAAAAGAUUCCUGGAUAAUUCUAAACUCAAGAGGCACCAACUAGUACACACCGGAGAGAAGCCCUUCAAAUGAGACAUCUGAGAGAAGAGAUUUUCUCUAGAUUUUAACUUGAGAACACAUUACAGAACUCACACUGGUGAGAAGCCUUAUAAGUGAAGCUAUCCUAACUGAACGAAGAAGUUCACUCAGAGUAGUAAUCUUACUGCUCAUGAGAAAACACAUAAGGAACAGAUGGCAAACGGAGGCAUGUAUUUACUCAGUAACAGUGAAGAUGCUGGCUGUGAAGAGAGAAACUUAAAGAGUGAGAAUACUAUCUCAGAAGCUAACACUGGUAAAGCCAACACACUAGUUAAGAAUGGAAACAAGGGAAAUCAAUCUAAAGCAAGCUUGGCAUCUGCUGGAAGGUCUAACUUAGGUGGCUCAAAGAAGAAGAUUAAAUAUUUUGUGAAUGAUUACUCUCAUUUAAAGAGAGGAACAAUUUUUGCUAUAAAGAAGGUUACUAGGAAGGUAACAAAACAGAGUACUAACUCUGAAGCUGGAAGGAAAAGGACAAGACAAUCAGAAGCUGCUCCAUCAAACUCUAAAUUCCCAAAUACAAUUCCCGAAGCUCCUUCUCAAAGAGAGAGUCAACGUAAAGAGUUCAAAAUUUCCAAAUCCACUGAUAAAUCUUCACAUCCUCACUCAAAGCAGUUUCUCAAAAAGCUCAGAAACAGUUCAAAAUCUUCUCAGAACAUCCCUCAUCCCAAAUAAAACCUCUCUUACACACUCAACCCUCUCAUCCAGCCCAGAAAUUCAUCUCCAAUAUCCAAAACCAUCAAAAUCCCAACUCUCAACUCAAAAUUUAAAGAAAAGAGGGCCUAAAUAAGAUCAGCAGAGACUUCAAAGACUCCCCAAUAAUCCAUUUUAGCCUCACCGGUCAAAACCUCUAAUCAAUUUGCCCAAACUGCACUCAGACUCACUGUAAAAUCCCUCCAUGAUUCAAAAACUUAGGAAGUCUAAAC